CCAGGCAGCCAGCAGACACUGCACUGUUGCCAUGGCAAACAGGGGAUCAGCCUACGGACUCAGCUGGGAGGUUCAGCAGAGGAUUGACAAGCAAUACGAUCCAAAGCUGGAGCAGAUCCUCACCCAGUGGAUCCUGGCACAGUGUGGGGGCAUCCAGCCACCUGAGCCCAGGAAAGAGAAAUUCCAGGAGUGGUUGAAAGAUGGCACAGUGCUCUGCAAACUCAUCAACAGCCUCUAUCCAGAGGGCCAGGGGCCUGUUGCCAACACUGAUCCCUCGAACAAGGCCUUCAAGCAGAUGGAACAGAUCUCCCAGUUCUUGCGGGCUGCUGAGCAGUAUGGCAUUGCACCCGCUGACAUCUUCCAGACGGUGUACCUCUGGGAAGGAAAGAACAUGGCCUGUGUGCAGAGGACCCUGAUGAACCUGAGGGGCUUGGCUGUAACAAAGCAAGAUGGGUUGUUUGUUGGAGACCCCAACUGGUUCCCCAAGAAAUCCCAGGAGAACCGCCAUGACUUCUCUAAAGACAAGCUGAAGGAGGGUCAGAAUGUGAUUGGGCUGCAGAUGGGCACCAACCGGGGUGCAUCACAAGCGGGCAUGACAGGCUGUGGGAUGCCAUGCCAGAUCCUCUUGGCAGCACUUCCUCUCCACCAUCCCUUCCCCCUCCUCUCUAGGGUUUAAUAUAUUUGUCUACAGUCUAGAAUAUUGGGGAGCGGUGCCUUGAACACCCUCUGCAAAUUGCCACAGUGAAACCUGCCAGGGCCUCAUGCCCUGAAAGUCUUCAUUCAAAGUUCCCCAUUCCAGCACCUUGGGGGGGCCCUUGUCCCUGAUAUUGCCUACUGGGCACAAGACCCAGAACUCCCCUAAACUUACACCCUAGUUCUGUAGGGACCAAACUCCAUUGCCAUAUGGACCAAAUGACUGUCUAGACUGAUAUUGGGACCAAUCAAGGCCACCCCCUCCCACCCUUCCAUCAAAGCCAAGUGCCAAAGCCAUGGCUGCUAGCAGCCAGCCAGAUCUCUCCUCCCUGGGGCUUGGGGCUCCUUCUGAAGCAGCAAACUGACUUCUUGCAUUCCAGGUACCCAGGCCAGUGGCUCUUGCUGAUUUGUCAAUAGUCUUAGGACCAAAAAUCUCCCUUGCAGGGCUCCAUCUAGCUACUCAGCUGUAAGACCUGUUAGCAAGUGUCUUGUUUCUAAUCCGGUGCUUGUGCUGCAGAGCUGUCUGUAUUCUCUGAGUAACUCCUGUGCUAGUAAGGAAACAUGUAACAUGAUGUCC